AACAGCAAGAUAAGGAGAAAAGAAGGAAGAAAAUUCUGGUCCCGAUCCAGAUCGGAAAGAAGAAUCCUAUUCCGAUCCGGUAGUCCAAUAAGAAGAAGAAGGAAAAUUAGAGGAGGUGGUUUUUGUUUGAACGGAGUCAAAACGGCGGCGGCGGCGGGGCAGCGGGGGAGGGUGAAGGCGGAGAAGGGGGUGUCGUUGGGGGAGAUGGCGAAGAAGCUGACGCUGUGGCACACGCGGACGUUCCGGCCGAUAUUCACCCACGAAGAGCUGGAGCCGAUCAUGGUGGCGGCGGGGUUCUUGCCGCUGCCGGUGAUGGAGGCGCCGCCGCCGCUUUCGAGGGGAGGGGGGACGGCGGCGUGGAGGGAGUACGCGUACCGGGCGGAGGCGGCGGCGGCGCCGGAGGAGAUGAUGCCGCGCCCCCGGCUGCCGUUCCCGAGGAUCGACGGGCUGCAUCUGAUGGCGUACAAGGCCUUCUUCGCCGCCCUCGAGUUCUACCUCGGCGUCCACCACGUCUCCAAUCUCUUCCACGUCAGGACCAUGUCUCUUACGAAGGCACAGGACCGAGCUGUUGAUAGAACCUACCGUCCCAUGAGAGAGUGCGAGAUGGGAGAGGAAGGGAUGUUUGUGUAUCGUGAUGGCACAUUGGAUAACUUCACGAAGAUGAUCUGCAACAAUGACGAAGAAGAUGGAAGCAUCAUCAGUAAGAGCAGUGAAAAAUGCCUCAAGAAAACCAAUAGUGAUGACAAUAGCAACAACCCUGCCAACUUAAUCAAUUUUGUUGAAUGGAAAGACCUUCUACCAGACUAUUGAGCUCAAGGUGGAGAUGGUAGCAUUACAUGAGAAGAAACUGAGGAAAUGCCUGUCCAAAGUAAAAGGGAUAGAGAAGGUUGAAGUGGAGGCCAGCAUUCAGAAGGUUGUGGUCACAGGAUAUGCACACAGGAACAAAAUACUCAAAGCCCUGAGGAGAGUGGGGCUGAGAGCAGAGUUCUGGUCACCCCAUAAUGAGAUGCUCAGUGCUUAUGCCAGUGGAAGCCUAAUGAUCAACAACUUCAGCUUCCUCUAGAGAACCCAACACCCCCUGACACCCUAUGAAUACCUUUGCCUAUCUGUUUGUUUUUUGUUUUUUAGCAUGAGAGUAUGUAUUUACCCAUGUUUACUGUUGCUGGAUCUGUGAGAAAAUAGAAGUUAAAAACUUUGAACUUUUUUUUUCCUCCCCAGUUCUCUCUUCUUUUUGCUGUUUCUUGUGUUAAAGCAAAUUUGCUGUAACUCAGAGUUGAUAUGAGAAGAAAGAACAUAGAUUCUGUUG